UUUAUUUUGAAACAGGAAGUGCUUCUGUGUGUUGUUUAUUGAAACGUUUGCUCCAGUUGCCGGACCUUGGAGAGCUGAAUGGGAGAGUUGUGUGAAGGAGUUUUUAAGGAUAUUUGGGGUAUAAAGGUGGUUUUUGUUACACAUUUUAAAUGGAUUAACACUUCAGAGAAAAAUUCACACGCCGCUGCACUGUUAGCAUUAUAAAGCUCAUUAGCAGAGCAAAGCGCGCGCUCUGGGCUCGGGAGAGCAGAGGAGGCCCGGAUGCAGGAAAAAUGGAGACCUGCUCAGCAAGCGUGUGGCCCCGUUUGGAGCUGUUCCUCCUGGGUGCGCUACAGGCGGCUCCUCCGGGCAAGCUGAGCAUGCACUACUUGCGCAAGAUGGCCUGCUACGUUCGUACACGUGACUGCUGCUUCCCGCGUCUGAGCUGGCAUAUGUGGCGGCACAUUGCCUGCGGAAAGCUGCAGUUGCCCGAGGAGCUGGCCUGGCUCUACUUCGAGACUUUUGACCUGCUGGUGCCACGUACUGUUGAGGAGAAGCUUGAGUGGGCAGAGGCCCUGUCUCAGAGCCUGACCCCUCGUGACCUUGACCGCCAGCGCAGCAAGCUGUCUGUGGAUACGCUGCAGUUUUUGCUGUUUCUCUACCUGCAGCAGCUGAACCGUGUGUCUCUGCGUGUCUCUCUAAUCGGCGAAGAGUGGCCGAGUCCUCGCUCUCGUUCCCUGUCGUUGUCCUCUGAAAGGGACGCUAAGAUCAGCUCUCAAAACAAGAACUGGGACGACCAGGCACACCUCACCUUUGUGCAGACUCACCUGGCCGAGCUGCUGGAGCUGCUGGUAGAUCCGGGCGAGCUGAGCAGUUCGAGUCAGACCGUGCGAGACAGCGAAAUCUCAGCCGAUGCCCUGCAGGCUCUCAGCAUGCUGCUGGAGGGCACGAUGAGCAACGGACGCACUAUUCACCCCCUGCAUCGGCUGCUGAGCCGCGCCCCACUCCAGGCCAUGGCUGGAUACUCAAAACUCACUCGGUCCUACUCGCUGCAGCAGUUGCAGAGCUGGCUGCGCCAGGUGCUUACGCUCAACCCGUUCGGCAUGUCCUCCUGUCUUCGCUCGGGAAAAAAGCUGGCCUGGGCUCUGCAAGUGGAUGGUGCAAUGAAGAGGGCCAAAAUAGCUCGCAACACACACACGGCUCCUCCAGGCAGCAAGGUGGUGCUGAUGUCCCAGGUUUACAAACAGACCCUCGCUAAAGACUCCGAGAAGCUGGCUGGUGCAAAUGUCAAACUGCACCGCUGCAGCGAGGCUUUUAUCUACCUUCUUUCCCCCCUGAGGUCAGUGACGCUCGAUAAAUGUCGUGACAGCACGGUGGUCCUUGGGCCGGUGGAGACCAGUGUGCACAUGCAGAGCUGUGAGAACGUGCGGUUGGUGUGUGUGGCCGGACGCCUGGCGGUUGGCUGCUCCACCCGUUGCACCAUUCAUGCUCUGACUCCCACCAGGCCGCUUCUACUGCCGGGCAACACCAGCCUCACGCUUGGGCCUUUCCACACCCAUUACCCCAGCCUGGAGGACCACAUGGCCAGUGUGGGUUUGGCGGUCGUGCCUAAUCUCUGGGAUCAGCCGCUGAUUUAUGCGCCAGACGGUCCCUCAACGGACGCGGCCUGCUAUUGCAUACUGCCCCCUGCACAGCUCUGCCCUAUGGUAGUACCAUUCCUAAUGGAGGGAGACACCUGCGAGGUGCCAGGGGGAAUUCCGUCGGCCUACCAGCAGGCUCUGGAGGAGCGUCAGCAAAGAGUGCACGACUGGCAGAAGAUAGUGAAGGACUCGCAUCUUAACAAGGAGAAACGACGGCAGUUCCAGGCUCUCGUAGAGCAGAAGUUUCACGAAUGGCUCCUAGAGACCGGGCGGAGACAAGAGCUGGACAGCCUGCUGCUGCCAACCGUCACGCCUUCCAACCCCACUUGCCAGUCAAACCCAACCCACAGCUCUGAACAUUCUUUACAGCAUCUGAAAGCACCCACAGUCUCCUGAGCGCGCGCACACACACACACACGACUGUAAUGGACACUAAUGCACUUAUUUUAUUUGGUGUGGUUACAUUUGCUUAACUCAGGACUAAGAUAUGAAUUUGAAAUGGAUGCUGGAAGUGAAAUUUUGUCUUAAAAGUAUAUAAUAUUGUAUUGUUAGAGUUCAAUGCUGGAUCAAUGCUGCAGAAUGACCAUCAUUAUUACUUAUUUCCGCAAGCAGCAUUGCUUUUUAUUUCCACAUCAGAAGCAGGUUUUUUAGCUAAGGUACUUGAGUGUAAUGAGCAUCAAUCGCAAGGCGACGAGUGUCUUGCUGCUGUGGCAUUAACGAAGAAGAAAAAGUGGACUUUCCAAUUAUAAAAUGUAGCUUAGUACAGAAGAGUCCUGAAGUCUUUCAUAUUUGCCCCGGAAUCUGUUUUCGCAUUAACGUGCCGAAGGAAACAUGCGCCUUUUUCCCGUCGCGCAUUUAUUUUCAUACUAUAAGGGCACUGAUCUGAGGUCAAACAGAGGGAAUGCUUAUCGAACAAAUUUACUUCUUGCUUGAUACCUACAAGUACCAAGUUUUCUACCUGGCAGCCAGUAUGACUGUGAAUGUAUUAUUUUUUGUUUUAUUCCUGCUGUAGCCUAGUUGCACUUCAAGCUUCACAACUUUUUUUUAUGUAUUGUGAACUCUAGGAUCAGUGUUUCUUAGUUGUUUCUUCUGUACAUUAAAACAUUAAUAGCAUGAAUUUCACCUCUCAGAUAAACAAGCAUUUACAUGUAUAGUUCAGAAGAACUUGAAACACAGAAAAAUGGGAAGCAUUGCUUUAGAUUAUUUACAUUUAAUCUAUAUGAAAUAUAUGUACAAAGCAAUACCCCAUUACUCUAUAGAUCCAUUUUUUUAUACUUUUGUCAGAAUUCAUCUUUGCCUGUCACGCUCCUUUUUCCAUUAUUAAUAGAGCAGCAAUAAAUCCAGAGGAUUAGUUUUGAAGAGAGCACAGUUUGGUAUUAUGUUUAGAUUAGGAAAACAGGGUUUGUUUGACUACCAAUAAAAAAAAAGUGUAUAUUCA